AACCCUAAUAGUUCUGAGAGCCUCGGUCGAUAUGGAUCCUCGUCCUCACAAACGCGCCAAACUCGACGACACAGACACUACACCACCUGGUAGAGUCCCAGUUGGCCAGACCAUUGAUGCGGCAUCAGAACGUGCAAGCGGCACUGAACCGUCCUUGAGGUCGAUAUCUCGGCCAAUCUCCCCACCAGGCAUUUCUCGAUCUCCGGCUAGCACUCCUCAAGCAGAAGAUGAUCCUCUCCCGACGCGGAAAGAAGACUCGGCGACCCGGGUGUUCUCUCAGGCCACAGUUUCCAGUGAUGGAUCCGGACCCAAGCCGGGCGAUGGUGACUGUCCCGGUGUAAAGAAACCGAAAGCUCCGCAGCAAGGCGUCAAGUACUUGCAAUCGCCCUUCAAACUGACCUCAAUCCGGGACCUCCCUCCUUCUCAUAACAAUGACACCAUCUCACUGCAUGACAUACUCGGCAACCCGCUCAUCAAAGAAGCAUGGGUAUUCAACUUCCACUUCGACGUCGACUGGAUGAUGACACAUUUCGACCCUGAUAUCCGUCAACAGGUCAAGGUCAAGAUCGUCCACGGCUCGUGGAGGUCAUACGAUCGGAAUGGGGUUGAAAUCAAGGACGCCUGCGGCCGAUGGCCAAAUGUUGAGGAAGUGAUUGCAUUCGUACCCGACAGUUUUGGCAUUCAUCAUUGUAAGAUGUUCAUUCUGCUCACUCACGACGAUCUGUGCCAAGUAGUCAUCCAUACCGCCAACAUGAUACCCAGAGAUUGGACAAACAUGACUCAGGCAGUGUGGCAGUCUCCUCAUUUACGAUUGAACGGGAAGACGGACACGAAUAUAGGUAAUCUGGGCUCGGGCUCACGCUUCAAGCACGACCUCCUCUGCUACUUGUCUACGUACGGUUGGAAGACCAGGUCUUUAUUAGGACGACUCGAAUUGUUCGAUUUUAGCCCUAUACGAGGUGCCCUAAUCGCUUCCGUUCCCAAGACUAUGGACACCGAGAAAAUCAAAUUCAAAACUCCUUGGGAGCAACAACUCGUGGGCUAUCCCAGCCUCUUCCAUGCUUUGAAGACAGUCUCUUCUCAAAAACCGAACAUCCACACCGCCACUCGACCUCACCCUCAUGUUGUCUGUCAGAUAUCGUCCAUCGCUACGCUGCCAACGACCUGGCUGGACCAGUUCUUCCCGAUCCUAGCUGGUCAGAAGCCAUCAGCGCAAAUGUGGAAUCAUAUCUCAAUCAUCUAUCCGACUCCCAGCAACGUCGCCGCGUCACUGGACGGGUAUGCAUCAGGAGGGUCGAUACACACGAAAGCCCAGAGCACUGCACAUCUUAAGCAGAUCACCAACUUGCGAAAAUCGCUCUGCCAGUGGACUCAAGGCCCCGAAGAGAAGUUCCGAGCGGGAAGAGACCAGGCGGCGCCGCAUAUCAAGACAUAUGUCAGCUUCAGCGAGAAACCGACCAGCAGAAAUCCUACGCCGGAUAUUGAUUGGGCACUAUUGACCAGCGCAAAUUUGUCGACGCAAGCUUGGGGGAGAUUGCGGGAGAAGGAAAAAGAAAUUAUCGUGCAGAGUUUCGAACUUGGUGUAUUUGUUUGGCCCGAGCUAUUUGACGAGGGCUUUGACACGGGAGAAAAGGAGUGUCGAACUCAAGAUACGAAGCACGAGGGUGAGGGCAAGGACAAGGGCGAGAGUGUGAAAGUGAGGAUGGUACCAGUCUUCGGCGGUGAUAUGCCAGAAGUAUCAAGGGCGAACGGCGAGGAAGGGGGUGAGGGAAGAGAGAUCAUUGUUGGUUUGAGGUUACCUUAUGAUCUACCACUGACGCCGUACGGAGAUGGGGAUAUGCCAUGGUCGCCGCACGGGACGUACAAUAUGCCUGACCGUCACGGGUACCCUUACCGGCUGCUGGCAUAG